CAACUGGAACUGUGUGCCUGGGUGUUUCUGAGUAUAAUCAGGCAAGAGCCUGUAGGGACUUGCUGGUGAUAACAAGGAGGAUCAUCAAGAAAUAGUCAUGGAAAUAUUGGAAAUUCUUUUAUGAUUGAUCCCAUCUUGGGCUCUAUAAAAACUGCCAAAGAAUUAGAUCGAAGUAACCAAGUGGAAUAUGAUUUAAUGGUGAAAGCUACAGAUAAAGGCAGUCCACCAAUGAGUGAAAUGACUUCUGUGCAUAUCUUUGUCACGAUUGCUGACAAUGCUGCUCCUAAGUUUACAUCAAAAGAAUACUCUGUUGAAAUUAGUGAAAUUACCAGCAUUGGGAGUUUUGUUGGACUAGUUAUAGCCCAUAGUCAGUCAUCAGUGAUAUAUGAAAUAAAAGAUGGAAAUAUAGGUGAUGCUUUUGAUAUUAAUCCACAUUCUGGAAGUAUCAUCACUCAGAAAGCCCUGGAUUUUGAAACUUUGCCCAUUUAUACAUUGACAGUCCAGGGAACCAACAUGGCUGGUUUGUCCACUAAUACAACUGUUUUAGUGCAUCUACUAGACGAGAAUGACAACUCGCCAGUUUUUAUGCAGACAGAAUACUCAGGACUUAUCAGUGAAUCAGCUUCCCUCAACAGUGUAGUCCUGACAGACACGAAUAUCCCACUAGUGAUCCGAGCAACUGAUGCUGAUAAAGAAUCAAAUUCCUUGCUUGUUUAUCACAUUGUUGAGCCGUCUGUGCACAAAUAUUUUGCUGUUGAUUCUAGCACUGGUGCUAUUCAUACAGUACAAAGCCUGGACUAUGAAGAAACAAGUGUUUUUCACUUUACUGUACAAGUGCAUGACAUGGGCACACCACGUUUAUUUGCUGAAUAUGCAGCUAAUGUCACCAUACACGUAAUUGACAUUAAUGACUGCCCUCCUGUUUUCUCCAAAUCAUUGUACGAAGCAUCUCUUCUGUUGCCAACAUACAGAGGAGUAAAAGUCACCACAGUAAAUGCUACCGAUGCUGAUUCCAGUGCGUUCUCACAGUUAAUAUACUCCAUCACUGAAGGCAACAUUGGGGACAAGUUUAUGAUGGACUACAAGACUGGCACUAUAACUGUACAAAACACAACUCAGUUAAGAAGCCGCUAUGAGUUAACCAUUCGAGCUUCUGAUGGCAGAUUUGCCAGCUUUACCUCUGUGAAAAUUAACGUGAAAGAAAGCAAAGAAAGUCAGCUCAAGUUUACCCAAGACUUCUAUUCUGCAGUCGUGAAAGAGAACUCCACGGAAGCCAAAACAUUAGCCGUCAUUACUGCUAUUGGGAAUCCUAUCAACGAACCUCUGUUUUAUCACAUCCUCAACCCAGACCGCAGAUUUAAGAUCAGCCGCACUUCAGGAGUGCUGUCCACCACUGGUAUACCAUUUGAUCGUGAACAGCAGGAGGCAUUUGAUGUGGUUGUAGAAGUGACAGAAGAACAUAAGCCUUCAGCAGUGGCCCAUGUUGUCGUGAAAGUCACUGUAGAAGACCAAAAUGACAAUGCACCAGUGUUUGUCAACCUUCCCUAUUAUGCUGUAGUUAAAGUGGAUACUGAGGUAGGCCAUGUCAUUCGCUAUGUCACUGCUGUAGACAGAGAUAGUGGCAGAAAUGGGGAAGUGCACUACUACCUUAAGGAACACCAUGACCACUUUCAAAUUGGACCCUCAGGUGAAAUUUCAUUGAAGAAGCAAUUUGAACUCGACACCUUAAAUAAAGAAUAUCUUGUCACAGUGGUUGCAAAAGAUGGAGGAAACCCAGCUUUCUCAGCCGAAGUUAUAGUCCCAAUCACUGUUAUGAAUAAAGCCAUGCCUGUGUUUGAAAAACCUUUCUACAGUGCAGAGAUUCCAGAGAAUAUCCAGAUGCACAGCCCAGUUGUCCACAUACAAGCCAACAGUCCAGAAGGUUUAAAAGUGUUCUAUAGCAUCACAGAUGGAGAUCCUUUUAGCCAGUUUACCAUUAACUUCAAUACUGGGGUUAUAAAUGUCAUAGCCCCUCUGGAUUUUGAGUCCCACCCAGCAUAUAAACUGAGCAUACGAGCAACUGAUUCUUUGACUGGUGCUCAUGCCGAAGUGUUUGUUGACAUAAUAGUGGAAGACAUCAAUGAUAACCCUCCUGUGUUUGUUCAGCAGUCUUAUGCUGCAACUCUGUCUGAGGCAUCUGUGAUUGGAACAUCUGUCGUUCAAGUUAGAGCUACAGAUUCUGACUCAGAACCAAACAGAGGAAUUUCAUACCAGAUGUUUGGAAAUCACAGCAAGAGUCAUGAUCAUUUUCACAUAGAUAGCAGCACUGGUCUCAUCUCACUAAUCAGAACUUUAGAUUAUGAACAGUUCCACCAGCACAAGAUUUUUGUAAGGGCUGUUGAUAGUGGUAUGCCCCAACUGAGCAGUGAUGUGAUUGUCAUGGUGGAUGUCACUGACCUCAAUGAUAAUCCUCCACUCUUUGACCAACAAAUUUAUAAAGCCAAAAUUAGUGAGCAUGCCGCUCAUGGGCAUUUUGUGAUGUGUGUGAAGGCCUAUGAUGCAGACAGUUCAGACAUAGACAAGUUGGAAUAUUCCAUUCUGUCUGGCAAUGAUCAUAAACAUUUUGUCAUUGACAGUAAAACGGGGAUUAUCACACUCUCAAAUCUGCGCCGGCACACCUUGAAGCCAUUUUACAGUCUCAACAUUUCUGUUUCUGAUGGUGUGUUUAGAAGUUCAGCUCAGGUUCAUAUAACUGUAAUUGGAGGCAAUUUGCACAGUCCUGUUUUUCUUCAGAAUGAAUAUGAAGUGGAACUUGCUGAAAAUGCUCCCUUACAUACACUGGUGAUUGAGGUUAAGGCAACCGAUAGGGAUUCUGGUAUUUACGGUCUCAUUACUUACCACAUUGUAAAUGACUUUGCCAAAGACAGAUUUUACACAAAUGAGAGAGGACAGAUAUUUACUUUGGAAAAACUUGAUCGAGAGACCCCAGCAGAGAAAGUGAUCCCAGUUCGUUUAAUGGCAAAGGAUGCUGGAGGAAAAGUUGCUUUCUGCACAAUUAAUGUUAUCCUUACAGAUGAUAAUGAUAAUGCACCCCAGUUUCGGGCAACCAAAUACGAAGUGAACAUCGGAUCCAAUGCUGCAAAAGGAACGUCAGUCAUUAAAGUUUUUGCAAGUGAUGCUGAUGAGGGAUCCAAUGCUGAUGUCACCUAUGCCAUUGAAGCAGAUUCUGAAAGUGUUAAGGAGAAUUUGGAAAUUAACAAACUGUCUGGCAUAAUUACCACAAAGGAGAGCUUAAUUGGCUUAGAAAACGAGUUCUUCACUUUCUUUGUUAGAGCUGUGGAUAAUGGGUCUCCAUCAAAAGAAUCUGUUGUUCCUGUCUACGUUAAGAUACUUCCCCCAGAAACACAGCUUCCAAAAUUUUCAGAACCCUUUUAUACCUAUACAGUUUCAGAAGAUAUGCCUAUUGGAACAGAAAUAGAUCUCAUCCAAGCAGAGCACAGUGGCACUGUUCUUUACAGCCUAAUCAAAGGGAAUACUCCCGAAAGUAAUAGAGAUGAGUUCUUUGUGAUUGACAGGCAAAGUGGGAGACUAAAAUUGGAGAAGAGUCUAGAUCAUGAGACAACUAAGUGGUAUCAGUUUUCCAUACUUGCCAGAUGUACUCGUGAUGAUUAUGAACUGGUGGCUUCAGUAGAUGUUAGUAUCCAAGUGAAAGAUACAAAUGAUAACAGCCCAGUCUUGGAGUCAAAUCCAUAUGAGGCAUUUGUUGUUGAAAACCUACCAGGGGGAAGUAGAGUCAUCCAGAUUAGGGCAUCUGACCUAGAUUCAGGAGCCAAUGGUCAAGUUAUAUACAGUCUCGAUCAGUCACAAAGUGUAGACAUCAUCGAAUCUUUUGCCAUUAAUAUGGAAACAGGCUGGAUUACAACUCUAAAGGCACUGGACCAUGAGGAGAAAGACAAUUAUCAGAUUAAAGUGGUUGCAUCAGAUUAUGGCGAAAAGGUUCAGCUGUCCUCCACGGCCAUCGUGGACGUUACUGUCACAGAUGUCAAUGACAGUCCACCACGAUUCACAGCAGAGAUUUAUAAAGGGACUGUGAGUGAAGACGAUCCACCAGGUGGUGUAAUUGCCAUCUUAAGUACCACAGAUGCUGACUCUGAAGAGAUUAACAGACAAGUUACAUAUUUUAUAACAGGAGGGGAUGCUUUGGGACAGUUUGCUGUUGAAAAUAUACAGAAUGAGUGGAAGGUCUAUGUGAAGAAACCUCUAGAUAGGGAAAAAAAGGACAAUUAUCUUCUGACCAUCACAGCAACUGAUGGGACCUUCUCAUCAAAGGCUAUUGUUGAAGUGAAGGUUCUUGAUGCAAAUGACAACAGUCCAGUUUGUGAAAAGACUCUUUAUUCAGACACCAUUCCUGAGGACGCUCUUCCUGGGAAAUUGAUCAUGCAGGUCUCUGCUACAGAUGCAGAUAUCCGUUCCAAUGCUGAAAUUACUUACACGUUGUUUGGUUCAGGGGCAGAAAAAUUCAAACUAAAUCCAGACACAGGUGAACUGAAAACAUUAGCCCCCCUUGAUCGGGAGGAGCAAGCAGUUUAUAAUCUGCUAGUCAAGGCCACAGAUGGAGGGGGAAGAUUCUGUCAAGCCACUGUUGUGCUUACGUUAGAAGAUGUGAAUGAUAACGCCCCUGAAUUCACUGCUGAUCCUUAUACCAUUACUGUGUUUGAAAACACAGAGCCUGGAACACUGUUGACCAGAGUGCAAGCCACAGAUGCAGAUGCAGGUUUGAAUCGAAAGAUUUCCUACUCACUGAUUGACUCUGCUGAUGGGCAGUUCUCCAUUAAUGAAUUAUCUGGAAUUAUUCAAUUAGAAAAGCCUUUGGAUAGAGAACUACAGGCAGUAUAUACCCUUAGUUUGAAAGCCGUAGACCAAGGUUUGCCAAGGAGGUUGACAGCUACUGGCACUGUUGUUGUAUCAGUUUUAGAUAUAAAUGAUAACCCACCUGUGUUUGAAUACCGUGAAUAUGGUGCCACAGUGUCUGAGGACAUUCUAAUUGGAACAGAAGUUCUUCAAGUUUAUGCAGCAAGUCGGGAUAUUGAAGCAAAUGCAGAAAUCACCUACUCAAUAAUAAGUGGAAAUGAACAUGGGAAAUUCAGCAUAGAUUCUAAAACAGGAGCCAUAUUUAUCAUUGAGAAUCUGGAUUAUGAAAGCUCCCAUGAAUACUACCUGACUAUAGAAGCCACUGAUGGAGGCACACCUUCGUUAAGUGACAUGACCACUGUGAACAUUAAUGUGACAGAUAUCAAUGACAACACGCCCGUGUUCAGCCAAGACACCUAUACCACAGUGAUCAGUGAAGAUGCUGUUCUUAAGCAGUCUGUAAUCACAGUUAUGGCUGAUGAUGCUGAUGGACCUUCCAAUAGCCACAUCCACUACUCAAUUAUAGAAGGCAAUCAAGGAAGCCCAUUUACCAUUGACCCUGUUAAGGGAGAAGUGAAAGUGACUAAACUUCUAGACCGAGAAACAGUAAGUGAAAAAGUUGGAUUUAAAUUGUUUACUAAAUACCAAAUCAAAAAAUAGAAGUGCCUUGUAUUCCUAUCUGCUGGACAUAAUGUGAAGUACCAAAAGUUAGAACCAACUUCCUUCUCAGGAACAGACUAGCAGGAUGUAAAUACUUGAAAAGCAAUUGCAAUACAAAAGCCUCAAGAAUAUAAGAAAUAGGCUUCCUGCUAGUAGAAAGUUUAUAUUCAGGAAGAGAUUGCUAAUGGCUUCAACAUCCUGAGAUCCUUCAGGUGUUCGUUUUUUAGUUUUUUGUCACUGUGCCCAAAAAGUGGAGAAGGAAAAGUUUAUUUUGCUCUGGGCCCAAAGUGAGGCAGAACAUCUUGAUGGAAGAGUGUGGUAGAGGGAAGCUGCUCCAUUUGUGGUGGCCAGGAAACAGAGAUAGGAAGGGGAAGGGGCCUCAGGGAAGUCCUCAGUGGCUUACCUCCUCCAGCCAUGCCCCAACGACCACAGGCACCACCUGUUCCAGCUAGGGUGACUAAGUAAGUUAACUGUAAUAAUCUGACAUCUCACCUCUGAAGAGACCUGCGUUAAUGUAGGAGCUUUGGGGGGGACACCUCAUACCCAAACAGAAAACGACAUAUAACUGGAAGCUGGAUUUUAAAUAACAGCAGGGAUUUGGAAAACCAUUGGGGUCGAGAGAAGGAAAUUCCCUGAAAGAAAUUGCAUGAAUGAAAGCAUGGAGAAUGAAACCAUAGAAUACGUUCAAGAGACUGUACCCAGUUCUACUGGAGAAAUGUAUCAUAAAAAGUAGUAGAGGGACAUUCAGUGAGAAGUGGUUUAGGAACAGAUUAUGAGCCACAUAAUCAGGAUCAGAGGUUCAGACCUGAUGCUGCAUGCAUUAGGAAAUUAUUGAAUGUUUGCGAUCUGAUAUAUAUUAAAAGAGUUUGGGAAGAUUAGUACUUCCAUACGUGGAAGUAUUCUUCAGAGUGGAGAGAGAUGGUGAGGUGGGGUGGUGGUAGUGGUAGGAAAGGCUAUUGAUAAUUCAACGAUUGUGAGACAGUAAGAGGCCAAAUUUAGGAAAGCAGCAGUAAGAAUUGAAUGAAAACACAAAGAAACUUCG